UCGAGUUGCAGCGUGCCAAUCCACGGGUCAUGUAGUACUACUGCCGGGAAAGAUCCGAGUGAUGGCAGAGUGGGUGAAAGGAAGGGACGUUGUUUCGGAGUUUCUGGUUCAGAACCCGCACCUUACGCAGUGGAUGGAGUCUCUUAGGGGUUACUGUGAAACCAAUAAGCAGUGGCGCGCUAGGCAGGAGUUCAUCCUGCGCAACAUAGAGACUUUCCCCUCCAUCAUACCGGGCGUCUACAGCCCUAGCCUGGACCACCUCCUCUCCCUCUCCAUGGUCUGGGCUAACCACGUAUUUCUGCGCUGCCGAUACCCCCCGGGGCUUAUGCAGAAGGUUUUGGAGAUGGCAGAAGGGAUUGUUAUUCAAGAGGUUCCAGUCCGACAAACGAGGGAUGAAAUCAUGGAAAAGAAAGAGGAACAACCCGUCAGGUAUGGCAGGGAGACUGACAGCUCCAUGAAGAAGCUGAAGACAGGAGGUAGUGAAGCAGAAAGUAACAGUGGUGUGAGGGCUGUGGGACGGGCAGGAGGGGCUGUGCCGUCUAAAACAGGCCCGCCACCCCAAGCCCCUGCGGAACAGCAGCCCUUCUUCAAUCGUCUCUACAAGUCGGUGGCCUGGAAGCUGGUGUCGGCCGGGGGCUUUGGCCCCAACCUGGACCACUUUGACAUCCUGAGAGCCUGCGUGGAGGCAUCCAAGGCUAGCUUAAUCUGCGUGUUCGUGCCUCUAAGAGACAUCCCUGACCUGCCUGCUGGUUGUGCCCAGCGCGAGGGCCAAGUGUGUGAGCUACGUUGCCGCACAGUAUAUAUGGGCACGGGCUACGGCCGGGACGAGGACAGCGCCCGGGCCAUGGCAUCUAAGGAGGCGCUGAAGGUCUUCCAGGGUCGCAAGGUGACAGUGCGGAUAUGCCGACGUCGAUACCAGGGCCGGGAUGUGGAGGACUUGGUCCUGCUGGACGAGCAGGCAAGGAGUUCUGCCCUCCCCCCUGCCCUCAGUUACCCCUUUCCGCCAGAGCAGCCUGUGACUCCGCCCCCCUAGCACAGACUACCACCAACACCCCCACAGAGACCUGCAUCACACCCUUUGUUGGUUGCACGUGGUGUAAGUUUAAAAAAGACAUAGGUGCCAACCAUCACUGUGCCAUCAGAGGGCACUGUGGGCAGCUAUCCAGUUGGCUGCUAGGGAAGGCAGAUGUUGGCCCAGAGUGGUGGUUAAUGGUUAAAUUCAGGUAUUCUUUUAAAUGAGGCUCGGUAUUAUGCUUCCCUCCCCUUAGGAGUUUCAGACUGCAGCAGAAUUUAUGACAAAGCUGUUUAGAGCGAUGUGUUGCUGUUCAGUGAAGCCAAUGGGUAUUUAUGCAGUUGGCCAAAUACACAGAGAACAAAUUAUUCCCCCAACCCCCCUUGAAUUUGGACCGAGGGUUUUUGGAGUGGGGCUAAGUCUGAAACAGUUUGUGUGAAACAGUUCCUUAUUAAAGGAACUGGUUUAUUAAAAUUCUCAUUUUUGGUGUUAUUUUACAAAGUUUUAAUCUUUAUUUCCCUUUUUCCAUUUUUUGUUUAUGAGCACCACAGAGUUUGAGUUAGAUGAUCUAUGUGAUCCACAAAAAAUCUAUAUGAAACAUUAAGUUGAAAAUACGAAUUUUGAAAGGGAAUGUCUGAGCAUAUGCAGCAACAGGGCAGCAGUUAUGUCGCUCCAAAUUGGCCAGUUUGGCCAGUGCACUAUAGGAUAUUACACCAUACUAAAAUGACCAAACAAAUGUUCAUCCAUUGAUCUGAAGGGAUUUUAUGAAGCUUAUCACUGCGGGAAAUGUGUGAUUAGAUCUGAGUAUGUGUGUAGCAGGUCAAAAAGUUAAAUAUUAAAUACGAUUUUGGUCACUGGUCUUUGAGUGUCUUGAGUACUGUAUUGACUGUUUUUUUGUCAAGUCAGCAGUUCUGUGUUCCAGUUAUUGUUUUAUGCAUAGACAUCAUGAGAGACCAUCAAAAAUACUGUUCCUUGUUUCAUGCUUAGGUCUUCACUUUGAAAUACAGCUUCCAGUGACAUCUUGCUUUGGCUUCAAGCUGCAAGAAGAUGCUGUAAUUAACAGAUGGAUGAGACAACAUCUAAUUGAUGCAUUUCUCAGGGUUUAACCCAGACUGCUGUGGAGCAGGGCUGAAUUUUACCCUAUAUGUACCAUUGUCUCUGAGGUUGCCUUCAGCCAAAGAGGCUGUUUUUCAAUUUGGUGUGCUUUAACUUUGGUUGAUGACAGUUCUUCUGGUGAUUGUUUUUUUUAAAUAUAAUUUUUAUUAAUAUAUUUAAGAGGCUGAGUACCCCGUGCUUUCUGACAGGUGGCAUUGUUGCUGGUAGUGUCAUUAUUCAGCCUGCAGGCUGCUUUAUGUGUGGCUUUUCUCUAGUUCCUCACAUUAUGU